UCGCACUGGGCAGCCAAGGUGACCGAGCUCGACUAUCUCGAUAGCGAACGCCCGCAGGACCUCGCCGAAUACUGCCGAGUGCUAUCGCAGUGCACGAACCUCAAGCGCGUGUCGAUCCAAGGGAGCGGACGCGAGGUGCUCGAGGUUGUGACGGCGCCAACCCACCACGUGUCGGACCUCUUUCUCCUCUGCAUGCAGGAUUGGACCGACUUGGUGGCGCCCAUGUCUCGAUGGCUCGCGUCAGGCCAUGCGAUGCACUUGCGGCUUACGGGCUUGGGCUACGGCACAGGCCAUUGCGAAUACUUGACCGACGCGCUUGCGACGUCUCCGACGCUAUCACACUUGUACUUGGAUGCGCCGUUGAUUCUUCUGGCCAGUCUUGUCGGCAGUGGUCGUCAGCUUCGCCACAUCACGCAGUUUGAGUGCGCUGGCCUCGGCGCCGGCCAAGAUUUUCAAGCCAUCUUUGUACUGCUGCCCUUGGACAAGCUCACAAAGCUGCGGCUCUAUGGCGCUCCCGUUGACAACACGAACCUGAGCUGGCUCCUGCCACGUUUGCAUUUAAUGACGGCGCUGGAGGACCUCCACCUUUCCGAUGUUCGCAUGGUGGAAGCGCUCGCCAUGCCCCUGACGCCGUCACUCGCGCCGCGCCUCCGGAGCGUCAGGCUCCCCAAGGUCUCUUGCUCGGUCGAGAGCCGCCGUGCGCUUCUCGGCUGGGCACUGCACUCCAAUCGCCUCGAAUGCCUCACCUGGCCGCAGUGUGCGACUGAUGACGGCCAUUGUUUUGAUGGCGACGGCCUUUGUCAUGCGAUUGAAGCCGGCGUACGCACCAUCGACUUGAAAGGAAGCUUCAGUAGACGCGAUGCGAUGGCCUUGGCAAACGUCCUCCGUGGCGCCAAGGCCCCGCACAGCGCAACGCUAUGCCUGCACCACAGUCCGCUCCGUCGCGCGGGUGAGCUCCACCUGCAAAAGGCGCUCGCCACGUGCACCAACGUCGUCAUCACGACUAGGGAUUCGGACAACGCCAUCCGCACCCUUCUUGCUGCCUAGCGAGGUGCGGAAGCAAGUACGCAGCCGGGUGCGCGGCUAGGCCCGUGUUUCGAGUACGUUCAAGGCGAGAUCACGAUUUUGUUCAAGUCGCAUAUUUUCGAGCAGUUCGAAAAUUCAAUGUCCUACUUGCAAGCGAA